UAAUAAAAUUUCGAUAUUCAAAGUAUUCAACAAAUUUACCUUCCCGUUUAUUCGGAGAAUUUUAAUUAUUAUUUCAGCUGUUUUCUGUGAAAAAAACCUCAAUUAUGAUCCGCUGCUGUGUGCGAAAUUGUGAUACCGAUGAAAACGUGGUAAAUUGUACAACUGUGUUUUUCGUCAGCUUUCCGACCGAUCCGUAUCUACGAGAAGAAUGGAUUUUGGUUCUGUCGUCCCACGAUUCGCUGCCCUUUGACGAUCUCGACAGUGCCAGGAUAUGCAGCUGCCACUUCGCGGAGGAAGCUUUCGGCAAACAUCCGGUACAUGGCUAUCGGUUUCUGUUGCCCCGAGCGAUUCCUUCAGUGUUUCCUAAUACUAAUAAGAUAGCCAUCCAGGAUAUAUCGGACACGGAGCUGGAACCGGAACCAGAUCCAGUAAUCGAGCAAUUCAUUGAACCAGAUGAGGGUGCCGAUGAUGUGUUUUUCUACGAUGAAAAUUCCAUAGAUUCGGUUGACAGUCUGAAAUCUGAUGAACUAGAGGACAUUGUUCCUAAGGAGCCUACAAAAACGAUAGGCAUCCAGUACGUGGAUGGAAAAUAUUACUUCCUCCAGUCGGAGGGCGAAUCUGACGAUGACGCUGAUGUUGAUGACCUAAUUGAGCAAGAUAGUGUAAUCGCUAGUGAGGUAUCGUCCGUGGUCAAAGAACAAUUGAAGCUCCCAGAAGACGACCAAUUCGAAUCCUCCAGCAUGGAAUUGAAUUUAAUGACGUCUAAGAAAAAGACGAACGCCGACGAGAGCUUGACGGAUCUUGAUAGUUUAAUAACCACGUCGGAUGGACCGGAAUUCGAGGAUAAAUUGGAUAUUUCAGAUCACAUGAUCAAGCCGGAACCGGGCGAAGAAAUUGAUAUGGUAGACUUUUCUCAAUGCGAUCUAUUGACUGUGAAAGAUAGUCGCUCAGUUAUAACCGACUUUGGUACGAUUGAAAUGUUGGAGGAAAUCAAACCAUCCUCGUCCAAAGACAACAAUAAACAUGUCUGUGAAUACUGUAAAAAAGGGUUUGCUUAUCUCAGCGGACUCAAAAAGCACUCAUUGGUUCACACCGGGCAAAAACCUCAUGCUUGUCCGGAUUGUGGAAGAUGUUUUUCACAGAAAGUAAACCUCACCAUCCAUAUGAAACAACACACCGGGGAAGAAUCCUCCAAAAAGUUCUUCUGUCCAAUCUGUCAGAAAGGCUGCACCCGAAUGAGUGAGCUCAAAAUCCACCUUAAAACUCACUGGAAGAAAACACCCCACGGAUGUCCACUGUGCACGGAACGAUUCGGAGAAAUAACCAAUUUCUAUGAACACAUUAAAACUCGUCACAAGGACGACCUUACGCUACAGGAAGCCAUCCAGAUGAUUGCGCAGGACGAGAACACCGAGGUGAUCGCUUGUGGCACAGACGAAGAACAGCCUGAAAUCGACGGGGAAUGGCGCUGCCAAGUUUGCUUGAAAUCCUUUCGCACGGAACGAUUGUUGUCGAAACAUAAGCGGAAAAUGCACCCGAAAGUGUUCGUUUGCACCUUCUGUCCCAAACAGUUUCUCUAUCGAAGUUUGCUAGAUAAACACACUACAGUCCACACUCAGGAAAAGCGAUUCCUUUGUAAGUUCUGCGACGCGCGGUUUUCGCAAAAGAUAAAUCUUGACGUUCAUCUGCUCAAAAUUCACAACGUCGGGGAUCGGAAACUGGUUCAGAAGCAGUACGAAUGUUCUUACUGUCCAAAACUAUUUGAUAGGCAGUCCUCGCUGCAGUUACACGUUCGAGUACACACCAAGGAACGACCGUUUGGUUGCCGCGACUGUCCCAAGGCUUUCGCGUCCAACAGCGCCCUGGCAGCCCACAUUCGCACCAGUCAUCUGGGUGAAUCAAUUCUUCUGCAAUCGCGUGUUAAAAAAUCGGAACCCCUCGCUAGUGUUGGCGAGAGCGAGAGCAUCAUCUUGGAGGAGCAAAUUGAAACUGAAGGAUCCCAAACGGAUCAGAUUAUGAGUGAACAGGGCAACGAAAUCGUUUCGUACUCGAUUCAGUUCUUUAAAAACAGUUAAGAGUCCAGAAAAAUAAACGUCAUUGUACAUUUUAUUUUACAAUUUUAGCUUUUUACCUUCCAGUUGAAAUUAAAAUUUUCACCGGUUUUUUUUUGUCAACAGUCAACAGUUUUACAGUCAAUUUAUUUAUGCUGUACAUUUUGAUAUUGAUUUUGAUUCUCAUUUCAAAAAAGAAUCUUAAAUUCUGAUUCGCAAAACUCAUUUCAGACAAUACAUUUUGAUUGUAAAUUUCGAAUCUGAAACCUGAUUUUGAAUUAUAUGAUUCUGAAUUUUUAAACCGCCUGGAAUGGUUCUUAGCUGACUUGUUUUCCGUUUAGACUGUAUUGUUGUUUGUCAGUAUAAGUAUAAUUUAUUUAAGAUUAAUAGAUCGAUUAUUAUUUGACACA